ACCAUUCGUGUACCAAGAACAAGAUUCAAAAAUGAUUUUUCUAACACAAUAAGCCCACUAUAUAUAAUAUAUCCUACUCCCUGGCUGCUGGUCAUGCUAUCUCAUUAGCCCCGGCCACCACUCAGUUCACUCCACUAGCUGCUACCCAAGUAAGCCUAAUGGAAGGAAAAAAAUUCCUUCGCAAUCUAUUCUUUCUCUGUGGCAUCAUAAUCCUCUUGUUUUUCACCAUAUCCAACCUUCCUUAUCCACCAUCAAACUCGCUAGGCUGCACCACCAACUCUCCCUGGUGCACCUCCUCCAAGAACCGCUUCCAGUUCAAAAACCCACAUGUCAUUCAAUUCCCCUCCGACUCUAAACUCCGCCGCCACUCCACCGCCGUCCCCCACCAUCCCCUCGACCCUCUGACCAUCCCGGAGCUGAACAAGGUCAAAAAAGUCAUCCAAUCCCAUGACCUGUUCAGGAACUCAAACUAUGCUCUGCAUUCAGUCGUUCUGGACGAGCCCGACAAACAGCUUGUCCUGACGUGGCAGAAGGGAGACCCGCUUCCGCCUAGAAAAGCUUCGGUCGUCGCACGUGUGAGUAGGGUCUCACACGUGCUCACGGUUGAGCUCGAGACUAGCAAAGUGAUCCUCCAUGAAACAGGUCCUCAUUCGGGUUACCCGACUAUGACUGUUGAGGAUAUGACUUCGUCCACCUGGGCCCCUCUGGCCAACGCUGAUUUUAACCGUACGAUUAUUGAGCGCGGAGUUGAUUUAGCUGACCUCGCAUGUUUGCCAAUUUCCAGUGGAUGGUUUGGCAAGAGUGAGGAGAAGAGAAGGUUGAUUAAAGUGCAAUGCUAUUCUAUGAAAGACACUGCAAACUUCUACAUGAGGCCGAUUGAGGGUCUAACAGUGCUUCUUGAUUUGGACACUAAAGAAGUGGUGGAAAUUACUGAUAAGGGCAGGAACAUACCAAUACCAAAGGCUGCCAAUACGGAGUACCGCUUUUCAGCCCAAAAUUACCAUCAAAGCCUAAUAAACCCAAUAUCUAUUGAGCAGCCAAAAGGUCCAAGUUACACUAUAGAGGAUGAUCACUUAGUGAAAUGGGCAAACUGGGAAUUUCACCUCAAACCCGACCCAAGAGCUGGAGUGAUCGUUUCUCGGGCCAAGGUCAGGGACCCGGGUACUGGGGUGAUGAGGGAUGUGAUGUACAAAGGCUUUUCAUCAGAACUGUUUGUGCCAUACAUGGACCCCACUGAUGCAUGGUACUUUAAAACGUAUAUGGAUGCUGGUGAAUACGGGUUUGGGCUCCAGGCCAUGCCUCUUGACCCGCUUAAUGAUUGUCCGCGUAAUGCCUAUUAUAUGGAUGGUGUGUUUCCAGCUGCUGAUGGAACUCCAUACGUCCGAUCUAAUAUGGUUUGUGUAUUCGAAAGCUAUGGAGGUGAUAUUGGUUGGCGUCAUUCCGAGAGUCCAAUUACCGGAAUGGGGAUCAGAGAGGCAAGACCGAAGGUGACCUUAGUGGUGAGAAUGGCAGCAUCAGUGGCAAACUAUGACUACAUUGUGGAUUGGGAGUUUCAAAUGGAUGGACUUAUCAGAGUCAAGGUUGGACUGAGUGGUAUAUUGAUGGUGAAGGGCACUUCCUAUGUACACAUGAAUCAGGUGAACCAACAGGAAAAUCUUUUUGGAACACUAUUGUCCGAAAAUGUUAUUGGUGUCAUUCAUGAUCACUACGUUGCAUUCUACCUCGACAUGGAUGUGGAUGGCUCCAAUAAUUCCUUUGUGAAAGUAAAUAUCGAGAGGUCGAACAAUCCACCGAAAGUGUCACCAAGAAGGAGCUACUUGAAAGCUGUCAAGAAUGUUGCUAAGACUGAGAAAGAUGCACAAAUAAAGCUCAAGCUCUAUGAUCCGGCGGAAUUCCAUGUUAUCAAUCCAUCCAAGAAAACAAGAGUGGGAAACCCUGUUGGGUAUAAGGUGGUUGCUUCUGGCACAGCAGCUAGUCUGCUUGACCUCGAUGAUCCUCCUCAAAAGAGGGGAGCAUUUACGAAUAACCAGAUUUGGGUAACUCCAUAUAAUCAGAAAGAGCAAUGGGCUGGUGGCUCGUUCGUUUAUCAGAGUCAGGGUGACGAUACACUUGCGGUAUGGUCUAACAGAAAUCGACCAAUUGAGAACAAGGACAUAGUGCUGUGGUAUACAUUAGGUUUCCAUCAUGUUCCAUGUCAAGAGGACUUUCCCAUCAUGCCAACCGUGUCAUCAAGCUUUGACCUAAAGCCAGUCAAUUUUUUUGAGAGUAAUCCUAUUCUCAACAUCCCUCCUAAUGUUGAAAAGGAUCUGCCAAUUUGCAAUGCUGCCGCUUCUGCUUAACAAUGGACUGUUCUUUCCUUCUCAACUGUGUACAUACAUAAACAUCUCGCGAGCUAAAGAUUGUUAUUUGUAUCUGAAGUCAGAUUUUGUCACUUGAUGAGGAUGCAUUGACAAUCUCUUCUGAUGAUUUGGCAUUCAAGAUAAUAAUAGCAGGUUUUUGUAUCAAUAAAACUGGAUUCUCAUUUGAUAAUCUUUGUAUCAAUAACUUGUGGUGGCUCUCUCUCUCU